AUGCGCGGGUGUGCAGGUUGGAGUCAUCACCCGGUGUCAGUGCACCGCUACCAUUUCAUCAUACCGCUCGUGGCUGACGUGGACGAGAACAACAGCCAGGGCAUCGGCAAGGGCCGCAAGCUCUGCCCCAACUGCAGCGCUGUCAUUGCUUCUAAUGCCAAGCGGUGCACUGCAUGUGGGCACGAUGCAGUGCGGGGGACCCUGCUGGAGUCUCAGACGCAUCUGCUGCACGGGGUGAUCCACACCAACGGAUUCGGCCACCUCCUACGAAUCAACGGCCGAGAACGCGGCUCACGCCUUGUCACUGGGCGGCAGCUGAUGGGCCUGUGGGACCGCAUUUGCACCAUGCUCAACGCCAGAGAGGUGACGUGCAUGGACAUGUCCAAGAAGCUGGGUCUGGACCUGCGUCUCCUGCAUGGGCUGGCGUACGGCCACUCGUGGUACGGCCGGUGGGGUUACCGCUUUGGCAAGGGGUGUUACGGCGUGACUGAAGACGUGUACAAGCACGCACUCGCAGCCGCGGCCGCGACCCCGCUUGCCGCGAUCGAAGAGCACUACAGGGGGCUGGACCCUGACUUGGUUGCCAUUAUUGAGCAUUACCGGUCGUGGGUCAGCGAGAACACCUGCUCGCUGCCCGCUCCCGCACUGCGUACACACGACACACCAUCAGUAACAUGUGCCGCUCCACCAGCACAUGCAGCAUUACCGCAUGCUAACCCGGUCACAGCACAGAUGCCCCUCUCUUCGCCUCAGCCUCUUGGUCGUUCACCAUCCCAUUCCCCGGGCCUAAGAAGCCCACCCGUUCUCACGCCCCGAAUGCGCUCCAAGGGACAUGGUCAAGCGCGAGAUCCGUUCCCUCUUUCCCCUCGGACCAGGUUCGGCACAGCUAUGGCACCCACGCUGACCGCCGAGCCUAGCUUCAAGGUCUGGGUGAAGCCUGAUAGAGAGUUGCGGGAAAAAAGCAGCGGGGUAUGUGCAGGCACUGAAAGUGACGUUUCUCUUGAUAAAGUCGCCCCUAAUGUGACGCUUAGAGAUAGCCUGGGCAAGGGGCUUGCAGCAGCAGAUCAACCUGACAGCAGAGGGAGGCUCAAUAAUGCUGUAGAGGCACCUGAUAAUAUACCUGGAGUACCAGGUGGCAACAAUGGCAAAGUUAUGGCAGGUAGUGUUGUCACCUCCCCCAGAAGUAGACAAGGGAAAGGCCUCGUUAGGGCGUCUGCUUCUAGCAUGAUUCCUUCUGAACGGCUUAGAGCAGAGGGAGGCGAAGAGGGAGGUUCAUAUGAGAGAGCAGAGGGGGAAGAAAGAGGGUUCGGAACUCGAGGAGAAGGAAGGGGAGUUUUGGGGAAAGAGGAGACGAGGGGAAUGGAAGCACGGGGAGGGGCAGGUGUGGCUGUAGGGGGAGGAGCAGUGGGAGGAGAUGUGAAGGGCGGGGGGAGACCGAGGGGCAGAUUGCAGGUCAACGUUUUCAAGAGCGAUGAGGAGUCGUCCAGCUCAUCAGAGGAGAGUGCUGCGCACCGAUUAGGUGCCUCAGGGAAUGCUGAUAGUGGGCAGAGUCCAGAUGAAUCAGGAGAUGCGGACAGGCCGGUAGGCAAGGAGGAUGCAGCUACGGCUGCUGUGGGUCGAAGAGGGGGGAGUCAGAAGCGUAUGGAUGUGCGUGAUUGUAAGGAGGAGGGCUGUAAUGAGAAGGAUAAAGACUGUAAGGGGGAUUGUGAGGGGGGUUGUGACCUGGAGACCUGUGAGGGGAGAUACUGGGGGGGGAAAGAGUGUGAGGAUGGGUUUGGAAAGGAAUGUGGGGCGGAUGAGUACAGAGGCUUGUAUGGGCAUGGGAGCUUUGGUGGGGAUGGGGAGUAUGAUGGGCCUGGGGAGUGUGAGGAGCUGGGGUGGUAUGCAGAGCAUGCAGGCGGUGAUGGUGCGGGGUGGUGGGGGCUGGAUGCAUGGGAGGACGAGCUCAGGGGUGAGGUGAUGCGGUGUGGCGGGGAGUAUGGGUGCGGAUUGCUGGAGGGGGAAGGGAGGGCGGAGGUGGAAGUGGAAGGGGAGGGGAAGGGGGUGGGGAAGGCGAGGGAGGAGAAGAGGGAGGAGAAGAGGGAGGGUGGGGAGGAAGAGGAGGAGGGGGAUGGGGUGGAAGUAGAAGAGGAGGAAGUGGAGGAGGUGAGAGAGGAGGGUAAAGAGGAGCGCACGGUUCAUGUGACGGAGCCGGGGGAAUCAGGGGAAGCUUUGGAAGCGGGGGAAACAGGGGAAGCGAGGAAAGCGGGGGAAGCAGAGAAGCGCCCAGGGGAGCAGUGGGAGAGAAGAGGCACGGAUGGUGCAGUGGUGAGGACGUGUGAGUUGAGGGCGGGGGGUUUGGGCGAGAAGGAUGAGGAGGAGGGGGAGGAGUGGGGAGUGACGGUGGGAAAUGAAGAGGGAAAUGAGGUGAAGGAGGAGGGAAGGGAGAAGAUGGAGGAGGAGGAGGGUGGGGAAGGGGGAAUAAGGGAAAAGAAGGAGGAUGAGGAGGAAUGGGGCUGGGAGGAGGAGGUGAUGGUGGAUAAGGGGGGGAUGGAUGAGGGCAGCGGACGGAAAGGGAGGCGAUGGGCUCUGCGGGGGGAUACGGAUGGAGGGAAGGGCGGUGAAGAUGGAGGGAAGAGUGGUGCAGAUGGUGGGAAUAAGGGUGCAGAUGGAGGAAAAGGGAAGAGACGAGAGCAGGAGGAGCAGCAGCAGGAGCAGCAGCAGCAGAAUUAUCUGAAGAAGAGUAAGUCGGAGCAGGCAACACUGCGACAGGCAGGAGGGGGAGGCGGAGAAGAGGAGAGUGUUAAGGGGAAGGAGAGAGAGGAGAGAAAGCCAUGGGCUGGAUGUGGAGAUCAAAGAGUGGAGGACGUUGGUCAGGUUGGUGGGUUUGUUACUCGACCUGUGGCUGCCACUGCUGCUGCUGCUGCUGGUGCUGCUGGUGCUGCUGCUGCUGGUGCUGCUGGUGCUGCUGGUGCUGCUGGUGCGGAUGGUGCUUCUGUUGGGGAAGGCGUCAUCCGUAUGGGGGCUGAUCGCAAGCCUCACGCACAAGAUCGUGGGCAGAAGGAGAUCCUCGAAGUCAAGAAGAGCUGUACUGGUGCGGGAGGCAAGAAGGUGAAGGUGCAGGUGAAGCAACACAGCAGCCAGGUCAUUGUCCUAAACUCUCUACUCCUUUGGUUGCGGGGGGAAGUACACAGGCAGCUGCAUCAGCCUGCCCCGCUGGCCCUCCUUCACCUCCUCCUGUUCUUCCCAACCCCGCAGCCUGCCAGCCCAGCCUCUGCUGUGGAAGAGCCAAAGCCCAGGCCCAAGCCCGAGACCCUCCACAGUUUUCAGAAGCGCCUCAAGCUCAUGCUCUCUGCUCCUCUCCCGACUAUCUGGGGCCCUCAGCUCGCAGGGUUCGGGGCACAGGGCGGGACAGGGGCAGACCCACACAGGGAAGCGGGUAGUCGGGAAGGAGGGGAGGCAGGGGAGGGAGGCGAGAGAGGCGAAUGCAAGCAACGCAGGGAUUACAAUCACAACAAGAGCACGGGUCCUAGAGCGCUGGCACUUAAUAAAGCGGCAACUUUUAGCAAAAUGCAGGGCUUCAAGCCCCCUUCCACUACCAGUCAUGUAAGAGCGGCAGUUGCUGCUCCUGUGGCUGGGGAAGGAAAGGCAAGCGAGCAGCAACAGAAGCAGCAGCAGCAAGGUGGGGCGGUGGUGAUGCUGGCAGCAACGAGCAGCCCAGUGGAGCCGCAUCUGCGCUACCUCUACCGCAACCUCCUUGAAGGCGCUGCUAGACGCGUCCACCCCUCCCGUGCUGUCAGACCCUUUCUCCCUCGUGCUAGCCCGUGCCACCCUUUGUAUGCUGGCAGCAGGAGGCGACUGGGGCCAAUACCAGUAGACUAUGUGGUGGUUCCCAUCGAUGCUACCGUGGCACAACUCGGCGAGGCGAUUGAGAGGAGCAUGAGGGAUACCUACUGUGCCAUGUCCAGAUUCAGUGUAUCUCAGCUCCCUCUCCUCGCUCAUCUGCAGUCCACGGCCUUGGUUCGGCCAAACUUCAACCCCCGCUGCGUACUGCUGGUCCGGGGCUCAGGCAUGGAUGCAGGCUCGGACCUGUGCUGGGAGGGAGGUUCGGAGGGGUGGGUGGUGGAGUGCAGCUGUGGCACGAGGGAUGACGACGGCGAACAGAUGGUGGCGUGUGAUAGGUGUGAGGUGUGGCAGCACACGCGCUGUGCGGGUUUCUCUGAGCCUCCUGCCAGCUUCCUCUGCGAUCACUGCUCCAUGCUGCUGCUGUAG